AGUACAAACCAUAUCGCCCGCGUCCGCUAAACUGCCGGUCUGCCCUCGACUAAACUAUUUGGAACAGGCGUGCGUGCCAAUAAACUACGUAGCAUCAAGUGACGUCAGAUGGCUGAUAGGAGCUACGCUUACGACCCCGUCGGCACCGGUGCGCCAGUCAACCAACAAGCGUACAGGAUGGAGGCAGGCCAACUUUGGCGGCAAUAUGUCAUCGCCGGCGUCGCGAACCUUCUGGUCGCGUCGUUGGGCUACAACAUGGGAUGGACGGCUCCCGUCAACGUGAAACUGAACAACACAGAAGAGACACCCCUGGACAAGUUGCCCACGUCCGAUGAGCUCGCCUGGAUGGGAUCUCUGGUCUCCAUCGGCGCUAUUCUUGGCCCAUUCGUCGGUGGGCUAGCUGCAUCAAAGAUCGGCAGGAAAUGGGCGCUCAUGUCGGCUACCAUACCCCUCUUCAUCGGCUGGAUCCUAGUGGCCGUAGCGCAGACCAUGGCCUACCUGUUCGCAGCGAGAGUGUUCUGGGGCGUGGGUGUGGGUAUGGUGUUCACUAUAUCGCCGAUGUACUGCGCCGAAAUAGCCACGGAUGAUAGUCGAGGUGCACUGGGCUCCUUCCUUCAAGCAUUCAUCACUCUUGGAUUCCUUCUUAUUUACGGCAUCGGGCCUUAUAUCUCGUAUUCAGCUAUCGCGUAUGUGGGGACGGCCUUUGUUGCUGUCUUCUGUGUUCUAUUCUUCUUCAUGCCGGAGACCCCUACCUACUAUCUGUUGAAAGACGACAGAGAUGCAGCCGCUGACUGCUUAGCCACCAUCCGCGGUAAAUCUCGCGCCGGUGUCGAGGCUGAGCUCAGCAAACUCGAAUCUGAGGUCAAAGCUUCAUUGGAGAAGACUGCCACGAUAAUGGACGUGUUCCGGGGCAGCAACUUCAAGGCGUUCUACAUAUCUUGCGCAUUGGUUUUCUUCCAACAGUUUUGCGGUAUUAAUGCCGUGCUGUUUUACAUGACCACCAUUUUCGAAGCUUCUGGAACGGCUAUGGAACCAGCUAUUGCUACUAUUAUUGUCGGUGCUGUGCAGGUGGUAGCUUCCUUUAUCACACCUCUGGUGGUGGACCGGCUUGGAAGGAGGAUCCUUCUCCUCAUUUCUUGCACAGGAACUGCUAUUGGUCUGGGUCUGUUGGGCAUGUUCUUCCUGCUCGCGGAGCAACAGAGCCCCGUAGUUGACUCAAUCAGCUUCCUUCCCAUCCUGUCUCUGGUGCUGUUCAUCGUGACAUACUGCUGGGGGCUCGGCCCGCUGCCAUGGGCUGUUAUGAGCGAGCUGUUCCCUAUUGAGGUGAAGGCUGCUGCCUCGCCGAUCGCGACAGCCUUCUGCUGGAUCAUGGCCUUCCUCGUUACUCGUUACUUCCCCACGAUCUCGGACAGCCUGGGCAUGUACGUCGGCUUCUGGAUCUUCGGCGUGUGCUGCGUGCUCGCGUUCUUCUUCACGCUCUUUGUGGUGCCUGAGACCAAGGGCAAGAGCUUCCAGGAGAUACAGGAGAUGUUGGCCGGCGGAAAACCAAAACCGGAGAAGGCGUAAAUAAACCAAAUUGUAUCCUAGUUGUUUUUUGUAAAUUUAUGUUUAUAUGAGAUUUGCGAAAGAUGUGUGGGACCAAGUGUUAAUUUUAUCCAAUGCGUGCGCCAUAGUUUUACGGCUAAACCGAGUUUCAGAUAGAGCCGGCUAUAAAUGUUUCAUAAUAGCUAUAGUGAGCUAGAAGUAACGCUUAAAAUAGCUAUAGCUGACUAUAGUGGAUACUUAUAAUGGCUAUACGUGGCUAUAAUACGGAUUUAUACUUGUAAUAGCCAACACUAAGUCAUCUGUAUUUUUUAAUCGGCUAUAAGUCUUUUCUUAUACAGUUAUAGUUGAUGUAAGAAAGGACUGAAAUAAUUUAUACCGGCUUUAUCAUGACACAUAGUUAAAUUAAAUGAUAGCAAUUCUUCCUAUAGGCUGCAAGCUUUAAAAAUAUUAUUUUGAUAUGUUAUCUACUUUUAGCAAAUGUUUAAACAUCACAAACAUAUCAGCUUAUAAAGCUGUAGUUAUAUUUUAUACGUAUUUAAUAAGACCAUAUUAUAUAAUGUUAUUGGAAUCACAUUUGACGAAUUUAUAACUAAUUAUACUCAGUGACAUAUGCAAAAGAAUUUUAGGAGUAUUUGUAAAAUAUGUUUUUAGACGAAUUUAUAAUAUGAUACCAAAGUACAAAGUUAAGGUAUAUAAGUUAUGGACUGUGUAGAAACAUAAUAUAUGAAGGGGCCUUAAUAUUUUUUACCAUAUAAUAUACUUUUUGAAUAUAGCAGUUAUUGAAAGAUGGUUAGAUAUGAAUAUGGAAAACUAUUUUUGGAUCAUCAAAACAAGUUAUAUUGCCUUCUUAUAUUUCCAUACGAGUUUCGAAUGAAUGAAUUUAUUACCGAGAUAUGCUUUUGUACAUAAAUUUAUUUUAGACUGUA